AUGGGUGGCGUGGGCGUAUCCGAGGAGUACGUCCCGCCGCGGCUGUCGCGGCUGCUGCACUCGCUGCCUCACAUCAACAUCACGUUGCAUCGGGUCAACGAUACCUUUGCGCCAAACUCCCCUAUCUACCUAGAGAGUCUCGGAAUCUUGGGUUCAAUUCCCGGCGCUUGGCUGGUCCUCACACUUACAGUGCUGCUCAUUUACUUGCUCACGAGAUGCUGCGAUCGGAAGCAACGACCGCCCAAGAGCAUCACUGCGCUCAAGAUAUCACUGAUGAUACUGUCGAUUCUGUGCUGUGGCGCAAUCGGCAUGGGCCUCUUUGGCAACGACGACCUUCACAACGCCAUGCUUCAGAGUAUCCAGGCGGGCAACCAGCUCGCCGCUCUUGUCAACACUGUUAAGAAUCAGUCAAGUAUACUAGAAGAAGCGAUGGGAUCACGAGCGCGUGCGCCAUUGGCCCGUCUUGCGGACGCAUUAGACGCACCCGUUGCAAACCAAACAGCGCUUGGUACGCUGUUACGAGCACUGUCAGCGCUGAGAAAUAACGCUAGUGCUGCUGCCUCCGCCGCCGAUAACUUGCGACGCCCUCUGGCUGCGCUGAACCUUGAUUCUUUUAUGAAGCGUGUCUGGGUGUGGGAGGCAGCUCGUUGGGCGGGUGGAAUGGCGGGAUGGUGCUGCGGUGGCGCCGUUUGCGUCGCACUUCUUGCGGCUGCUGCUAGACGGUCGCGACCUGCUUUGCUCUCGCUUUGUGUAUGUGCGCUGGGUGCACUAGUAGCGUGCUGGGCAGCGGGUGCGGCUUUGGUAGCGGGAUCUGUAGCGGCGGCCGACGCCUGCCAAGAACCCGCUCGUGCUGUUGCAUUGUACGCACCGCAUCGUCUACCACUUGACAUGGUCCACUACUACCUUUCGUGCAAGGUGUCUCGUGAGAACGUGCUGACAGCGGAACUGAGGAACGCACAACGCGCGGUGGUGGCCGUAAGGCAGGCCCUCGCUAUUCUCUCUAGAGGCGCUCCGGAACUAUUCAAUGACCCUGGUCUGCAACCAGCCUUGGGUGCGCUCGGAGCUGGUACAGGGGAAGCCGAGCGUGCUCUUGUCUCUUUGAGCUCGGCUCUGGAAUGUCGCAUGGCUCGUACCUACUUCGUCACCGCCGCACGCGCAGCUUGCGAUGCUGGUCUGCAGGCACUGACCCUUCAGCUGCUAGCAGCGAUAGUGGCAGGAAUCCUAUUCACCGCUAUUGUUCUAGUCGACUCUCACGCUUGGAUAUAUAUCAACACUAAACGUGCUCCUAGCGGUGAGGAACAGGCUCCGUUCCUAGGCGGGGCUGGUACUCGGACUCUCCCCCGCCCAGCACCAUUCCCUAAUGGAAAGCCGCCUUCGUACAGCGCUGCCGUGCAACUCAUGGACCUCAACGACAGACCUGAUCGAGAACGACCCAGGUCCCGUAUAUCAGGCAGUGCAACGCUAGGCCGUAACAGCGGUGGUGUGGGCGGAGUGGAAAGGGCGGGUGGUUUGGGUUUGGGCGGUGCCCAUACUCUGGGCCGAGCCCCUCACAACGGCAAGUACGCCACCCUCAGCAAGCAGUGCAAGACGCUUGAGAGUAAUGACUUCUACUGA